CCCCUCGGUCUCCGUUUGUCUCUUUCAUUUCUCAGACCAAACACAGAAAACAUGAAGCUGAAACUAAAGAUUCCUAACCCGGGUCUGGAUGACCGGAUCCCAUCUCACGCUGAGCUGGAGAAGAUCGAGGAACAAGAAGUUGGAGAAAGACCUAAAUGGGACAACAAAACUCAAUACAUGCUGACCUGUGUGGGCUUCUGCGUGGGUCUGGGGAACGUCUGGAGAUUCCCGUAUCUGUGUCAGAGUCACGGCGGAGGAGCGUUUAUGAUCCCGUUCCUGAUUCUUCUGGUCCUGGAGGGAAUUCCACUGCUUCACCUGGAGUUUGCCAUCGGACAGAGGCUCAGGAAGGGAAGUGUCGGAGUCUGGACCGCCAUCAAUCCUUAUUUAGCAGGAGUCGGUAUCUCCUCCAUGCUGGUGUCGUUUCUGGUGGGGAUGUAUUAUAACACCAUCAUCGCCUGGGUCAUGUGGUACUUCUUUAACUCAUUUCAGGAUCCGCUGCCCUGGAGUCAAUGUCCUCUCAAUGAGAACAAGACAGGGUUCGUGUCUGAAUGUGCGCGCAGUUCUCCGGUGGAUUAUUUCUGGUACAGAGAGACGCUCAACUCGACCACAUCCAUCGGUGAAUCAGGAGGAAUGCAGUGGUGGAUGGUGGUGUCUCUGGUCUGUGCUUGGACGCUGCUGUGGGUUUGCUGUCUGAGGGGCAUCGAGACCACCGGCAAGGCCGUGUACAUCACAUCAACUCUUCCUUAUGUGGUCCUGACCAUCUUCCUGAUCCGAGGUUUGACCCUGAAAGGUUCUGUGAGGGGAAUCGAGUAUCUGUUUACACCUGACUUGGAUGAGCUUGCAAACCCAUCGACGUGGCUGGACGCAGGUGCGCAGGUGUUUUACUCGUUCUCUCUGGCGUUCGGUGGUCUCAUCGCCUUCUCCAGCUACAACUCCGUACAUAAUAACUGCGAGCAGGACGCCGUCAUCAUCUCUAUAAUAAACGGGAUGACAUCCAUCUACGCUGCCAUUGUGAUUUACUCCAUCAUCGGCUUCAGGGCGACGGAGCGCUUUGAUGAAUGUCUUAAUGGUAACAUCCUGACGCUGCUGAAUGCGUUCGAUCUUCCUGAAGGAAACAUCACAGAGGCCAACUAUGAUUGGUACAUUCAGAAUCUCAACGUCACAGCACCAGAUACUUAUCAAGACCUUAAUCUGAAGACCUGUGACAUGCAAACCUUCCUCAGUCAGGGAGUGGAGGGCACAGGUUUGGCCUUCAUCGUCUUCACCGAGGCCAUCACUAAGAUGCCCGUGGCUCCUCUGUGGGCCGUCCUCUUCUUCAUCAUGCUCUUCUGUCUGGGUCUCUCCACCAUGUUCGGCAGUAUCGAGGGUGUGGUGGUGCCGCUCCAAGACCUGAACAUCUUCCCAAAGAGAUGGCCUAAGGAGAUCUUCACAGGUCUGGUGUGUUUUGUCUCUUUUAGUAUCGCUGUUAUAUUUGCUCAGGGUUCAGGGAACUACUGGUUGGCUCUGUUUGAUAGUUUCGCUGGAUCUAUUCCUCUUCUCAUCAUUGCCUUCUGUGAGAUGGUGGGCGUGGUCUACAUUUACGGGAUUGACAGAUUCAAUGAUGAUAUUGAAUUCAUGAUCGGUCACAAGCCCAACCUCUUCUGGCAGAUCACAUGGAGAUUCGUCAGUCCUCUUCUUGUGUUGGUUAUCUUCCUUUUUUACUUUGUUACAACUAUAAGCAAAGAGCUGACGUACAUCGCCUGGGACCCCGAGUCUGAGAAUUUCCCAGCCCUGGCCACACUUUCCUACCCUGAAUGGAUUUAUGCUAUAAUCUUUGUUUUGGCUGGAAUUCCCGCAUUGUUCAUUCCAGGUGUGGCUUUAUUCAAACUCAUCCAGAAACACUGCUGCAGAAAAGGGAAAAAAGACAGUGUCAGCUCCAUCUCUGCCAGGAUUGAAAUAUCGGAUGAGCCACGCAAGACACAUGUGGACAUUAACACAGCUCAUUCAAUAAAUCACAGCUAGACAACAGAGAGAGAGAGAGAGAGAGAGAGAGAGAGAGAGAGAGACCCUCAUCAUUCAGAAGUGAAGUGAUCUCAGUAAUAUGAUGAUGUGUUGUGAUGAAGGGGUUAAGACAGAUCCUCAUUGAGCUGUGGUGCUCAUCUAUAUAACACACAUGUACUGUACUGUAUAUAAACAGCCCUUCCCUCAUCAUUUACAGUACAGAGUCUAUAUAGUUAAGAAAUGACACCCUAUUCAUACUGUAUGUACUAAAGUUUACAAUAUAAUUUAAAGUGAGUUGUAAAUGAUAAUAAUGAUGUGUUUCUGUUCUGAUGUUGAUAUGUGUUUUGAUAUGUAACCAGAUAUGCUUAAUGAAUUGUUUUAAUACGGUGUGUAAGUCAAACAAACAUAAUGCUUUUACAAAUCCACAAACUGUACAUGCAAUUGUGCAAUGCAAAUGAUAAUUCCUAAAACAACAAGUUCAUCCGGCUGUAACUGAACCAAAGUUAAGACCCAUCAGUGUUUGUGUGUAUUUUACUCAAUAAGCUACAACUAUUGACAUGCAAAGUGUCAAAUCUAAACAGUUCAUUAUAAGUCAUAAUUCAACAUUUGUAACAAGUAACUUUUUUUUAAGAUACAAUAUUUCACCACAGUACAUCUAAUAAUA